UUCAUCAUCUGGAACUUACCCAGUCACCCUCGCAAUCCCAAAACAAAAAACACAAAAAACAAAAAAACAUUACGCCCUUGCCUUUGCGCGUAACCCCAGCCAGCCCCAAAGCCCAUCAAGGCCAUGUUGUAACCCUGAUAAAAACUCAUACAAUUUUACAACUCUUCCAUUUCAUCCGUUACAUUACACAUACACAACACACAUUGAGGACAGUGCUCUUCUUUCUCUCUGCCUCCAACCAACCCAUCCCAAACCCUAACUCUUAUUAUCAGAUCGUCUUUUAACUUUACAAUUUAUUUCAUCUCAACCCUUGAUUGAUCAAAUCUAAUCUCAUCGACAUCUGAUUUCCUAUUUUGUCCCUUUGCUGAAGAGGUUUACAGUCACAGGUGUGUGUAGGGUGUUCGACAAUGGUGGGAGGCGGUAGCAGAAAAGACGAAUCGUUGGUUUUAAACAGCAAUAAUGUGUUCGCGGCGCUAGGAAACUUGAAGAAGAAGAAGAAGUCUUCCAGUAAAGAGCAAGGUUCAUCGAAGAGCAAAACCAAACCCGCCGAGAAGGAGAAAGAGAAGGAGGUUUUCUGGGCCCCAACGCCGCUUACUGUUAAGUCAUGGGCUGAUGUCGAUGAUGAGGAUGACGACGAUUACUAUGCAACAACCGCGCCGCCUCAAUCGGUUUGGGGUACUGUGGACCCCAGCCCCCAGAAAGAGUCCCAGGAGCCUCCUGUUGAGGAAAGUGAAAGUGAGGAAGAAGGUCUUGAUGAGGUUGAUGAGGAUGUUGAAGAAGAACAUGAAAAUGAAACUGAGACAGCAGUAGAAGUGGAGCCACUAGUUGCGAAGCCUCCAGAAACUCCUUUGGCUCCUAAAGAUACAGAAAGGCAACUUUCAAAGAAGGAAUUGAAGAAAAAGGGUCUCGAAGAACUUGAUGCUCUUCUUGCUGAGAUGGGAUUGAAAAAUGAAGCCAGUGGCCAAGAUGGAUCUCAUGGUGUGGCACAAGAGAAGAAAGGAGAAGAUAAUGGAUAUGUUGAAAAGAAGGAUGAUGGCCCUGCAGAGAGCAAAAGUGCCAAAAAGAAGAAGAAGAAGGAUAAAUCCGUGAAGGAAACAAAAGAUUUGUCUCAGGACCAGCCUGAUGGUGCUAACAUUGGUGGUGGGACAGAUGAAACUGCAGGGACAGAGAAGGCCGAGGAUACAUCUGUUGAUGUGAAGGAGCGGCUGAAGAAAGUAGCUUCUAUGAAAAAGAAAAAGUCUAGUAAAGAGAUGGAUGCUGCUGCCCGAGCUGCUGCUAGUGAGGCUGCUGCAAGGAGUGCAAGGCUUGCUGCUGCAAAAAAGAAAGAGAAGAAUCACUACAAUCAGCAGCCGGUGCGGUAAACUGGCAGGACACUU